AGUCUUAGCCGUUGACACAGUUAGUCCAGGUAGUGACAGUUCGAGCAGCGAAGCGUCAGUGGAAAAUAUAAAGUCUAACAAAAACAAAAAAAAAAGGAAUACGCGACGCGUCUAGUGUUUGUUUGCAGCGCAGUGCAUGGAAUUGUCCCGAGGAACGACGAAUUGCCUCCAACUGAGAGAGGAUGUACAUGAUUAUGGUUUUAUCCGGAAUAUGAAAGUUUGACCACCACGAAGCACCUUCGUACGACGUAACGCAGCGAGCAGCGUAGAAGAAUUUUAGACCAAAAAAUGCCAGCGUCCAUUGGUGUUAACCUCCGUGUGACGGGACACUGCAGACAAGGAGGAAGAAAGUAUAUGGAAGAUUUUUUCUCUGUCGCAUAUCAGCAGACAGAGGAUGAAAAGGACCUUGAGUAUGCCUUCUUUGGUAUAUUUGAUGGACAUGGAGGAGCCGAGGCUGCAGCAUUUGCCAAGGAGCAUCUGAUGGAGUCCAUUGUCAAGCACAGAGGUUUUUGGUCAGACGAUGAUGAGGAGGUUUUGCAUAGCAUCAAGGAUGGUUUUAUACACACGCACUACUCAAUGUGGAAGAUACAUGAUCAAUGGCCAAAGACCGCUUCCGGACUGCCGAGUACCGCUGGAACGACAGCAAGUGUAGCGUUUAUACGUAGGGGGAAGAUCUAUAUUGGACAUGUGGGAGAUUCAGGAAUAACGUUGGGAUACCAAGAUCCCGGCUGUCCAGACUGGAAGUCUAAACCUUUAACCAAAGAUCACAAGCCGGAGAGCGAGGCAGAGAUGAAGCGCAUCGAACAGUCAGGUGGCAAGGUUCUAUCGAAAUCAGGUGUGCCUCGAGUUGUAUGGAAUAGACCAAGGAUAGGACACAAAGGUCCGGUACGGCGUUCCACGCCAAUAGACGAAAUCCCCUUCUUGGCGGUUGCUCGCAGUUUGGGCGAUCUAUGGUCAUAUAAUUCUGCUUUGGAUGAAUUCGUCGUCUCGCCGACGCCGGAUGUGGCCGUCAUACCCAUAGACACUUCAACCUUCCGGUGCUUGAUCUUCGGCACGGACGGCCUCUACAACAUGCUUAGUCCACAAAUGGCUGUACAUAUCGUACAGCAGGCGGAGAAGCACAACGAGCAGGCAGCCCUCAGCGAUGGCCCAAACAAAAUAUGGAUCAAUCCCUCCAAGUGUCUCGUUGAGAAAGCCUUAGACAGAUGGUGCAACACAAAAAUGCGCGCUGAUAAUACGUCUGUGAUUACGCUGAUGCUGGACCCGCGUGGACCACCCCGGGCUCAAGUUCUGCUCAACAAAAAGAACUCUUACUCGUCGAGGGGUCUGCAGAUAGAGACUCGAUACCAGGAUGCAAAUCCUGCAAUAGUACAAGAGCAGGUGGCGCAGGAUGUGCCGGAACCGAUGAAGAAAAAUAUGUCGCCCGACAAAGACGACCUCCGAGACGUUGAACAAACUGAUCUCUCAAAAUUGUCGGCGCCCAUAGUGGAAGAAGUGGACAAGGAAUUUGUACCGAAACCCAGGGAGAGCAUUGCGUUCAACACGCGACCAAAGCCGUCCGACGAAGAUGAUGCGUCGACGGUUGCUACGGGUCAGUCUAGUGAUAUACAGAUAAACGAGGUGAGCUCCAGCAGUCUGGACGUUCUUCCUGGUGGCAGGGAUGCCGCAGCCGAACGAGCCGCAGUUCGAAAGAGCGGUCUUCGAAGUGCAUCCAACAGAGACGAGAUAACUAGCAGCCGCGGCAAAAAAUGUCCACCUCCACCCUGCCCAUCCUCCGGCGGUGCCGAGUGCAGAGUGCUGAGAGAACGAAAGAACACACCAAACGAUAAGAACCCUAUGCAAAAGAAAAAGUUCAACAAUAUUCGCAACAAAUUGAACAUCGGCACGAGCGAGAAAAGGAAGCUGCUACAAAGUGUGCUUUUCAAGUCGAAAGAUCCGCCUGUGAAAUUGAGGUCCUCCUCAUCGUUGAUGACGCCGAGUUGCAGCGAGAGCGCACCGAAGAAAACCAAAGAGAUUCUGACGCGGGUGCUAAGGAACAACAACGGAACGGAGAAGAAAAGCGAAGGUCCCUCGUCUGCGUCGACAGCAUCGAAGUCGUCGAAUGGUCCGCAACACACGUCGACGCCGGCCGUUGCUUCAUCUUCCAGGAAGACGGCGGAACGGGAGGUACGAAAGUCGACGCUCGCCCAGAAGCUGCGCAUGCACCAGGAGAUAUUCAAGGCGAAGCUCCGAGGGCGUCCUACGGUAGCGCAGUCGAGAAAGUCGACCAAAGACAAGGUUAUACGAGUCAAGAAGUCCGCGAAGCGUAGCUAAAGUUCUUACCUUUUGACACCCUCCUACUACCAAUUCCGCUCGUUUGCCUCCCCACAUUUCGUUACCUUCUUGUUAUUAUUAAUAAGUAAUAUUCGUGUCGUAUCCAAUUUAAUGCGAUCCCCGAUUUUCUUUUUCUUUCUUUAUGAAAUUCAGCAUAUAUUUAUUUAUUGUAAAUAUUUUUAAUAAUGAUUAUUUUCUUUUAACCCUUUU